AUGGGGUUCGACCCACUGGAGUGGUACUGCCAGCCGGUCAAGAAUGGUGUGUGGUCGCUUGUGGUGGAGAAUGCGUUCGGCGCCUACACUCCGUGUGGCACUGACACCCUGGUGGUCUGCAUCUCAUACCUCGCACUCUUUGGCGUUUGCUUCUAUCGUAUAUGGAGGACGACGAGGGACUACACAGUGCAGCGGUACAAGUUACGUUCACCAUACUACAACUACCUGCUUGGACUACUUGUGGUGUACUGCAUAGCAGAGCUGCUUUAUCGGAUUGCCACUGGUACCUCCAUCAUGAACUUGGAUGGGCAGACUGGCCUUCCUCCAUUUGAGAUUGUCUCAUUGAUCAUUGAGUCUGCUGCUUGGUGCUGUAUGCUUAUGAUGAUUCUGCUCGAGACAAGAAUUUACAUCAAUGAGUUCAGAUGGUACAUUCGGUUUGUGGUCAUUUACGUGAUGGUUGGUGAAGCUGCUAUGUUCAAUCUUGUGCUCUCGGUGAGGCAGUUCUACAGUUCAAGUUCAAUCUUUUACCUAUACUGCAGUGAGAUUGCAUGCCAGUUCUUGUUUGGAAUUCUCAUGGUGGUUUAUCUGCCUAGCGUGGAUCCAUAUCCGGGUUAUACCCCGAUCAGGAAUGAGGUGCUGAUUGAUAAUACUGAUUAUGAACCUCUUCCCGGCGGUGAGCAGAUUUGCCCUGAGAGACAUGCCAACAUAUUUGCCAGAAUAUUCUUUUCAUGGAUGACUCCUCUAAUGCAACAAGGAUUUAGAAGGCCCAUUACAGAUAAGGAUAUCUGGAAAUUGGACAGCUGGGACGAGACUGAAACUUUGUAUAGCCAAUUCCAGAAUUGCUGGAAUGAUGAACUUCGAAAACCAAAACCUUGGCUGUUACGAGCUCUUCAUAGUAGUCUUUGGGGAAGGUUCUGGCUGGGUGGGUUUUUCAAGAUUGGCAAUGACGCUUCUCAAUUUGUUGGUCCCCUUAUUAUUGAACCUGUUGUUAGAGGAGUGUCACUUGGGGUUCUUGCUGAGGCACAGUACUUUCAGAACGUCAUGCGUGUGGGUUUCAGGUUGAGGUCCACAUUGAUUGCAGCUGUUUUCCGCAAGUCUUUGCGACUAACUAAUGAGAGUCGUAGAAAGUUUGCUUCUGGGAGGAUUACCAAUUUGAUUUCAACUGAUGCGGAGUCCCUUCAGCAAGUGUGCCAGCAGCUUCACAGCCUAUGGUCUGCUCCUUUCCGCAUUGUUAUUUCCAUGGUCCUUCUAUAUGCACAGCUUGGUCCUGCAGCAUUAGUCGGUGCACUUAUGCUGGUUCUUUUGUUUCCAAUUCAGACAGUAAUCAUCAGCAAAAUGCAAAAACUUACUAAGGAGGGGUUGCAAAGGACCGACAAGCGAAUCAGUCUCAUGAAUGAAGUAUUAGCUGCCAUGGAUACGGUCAAGUGCUAUGCUUGGGAGCAAAGUUUCCAGUCAAAGGUGCAGGACAUCCGCGAUGAUGAACUUUCUUGGUUCCGCAGGGCUCAGUUGCUUGCUGCGCUGAAUAGCUUUAUCCUGAACAGUAUACCGGUCGUUGUCACUGUUGUUUCAUUUGGUGUAUAUUCUCUACUGGGAGGUGAUUUGACACCAGCAAAGGCGUUUACUUCUCUUUCAUUAUUUGCAGUCUUAAGGUUCCCACUUUUCAUGCUCCCAAAUCUGAUAACUCAGGUGGUUAAUUGUAAGGUGUCAUUGAAGCGUCUAGAAGAUCUCCUGUUGGCUGAAGACAGAUUACUUCUGCCAAAUCCACCUAUUGAUCCUGAUCUUCCAGCCAUUUCUAUCAAGAAUGGGUAUUUUUCAUGGGAAUCAGAGGCUCAGAGACCAACUUUAUCAAAUGUAAAUCUGGAUGUACCUGUUGGAAGUUUAGUUGCAAUAGUUGGAAGCACUGGUGAGGGUAAAACUUCUCUCAUAUCUGCAAUGCUUGGAGAAAUACCACCAGUAUCUGGAUCAGGUACCUCAGUGGUCAUUCGUGGAUCGGUGGCUUACGUUCCUCAAGUUUCCUGGAUCUUCAAUGCUACCGUACGGGACAAUAUUUUGUUUGGGUCUCCCUUUCAACCCCCACGCUAUGAGAAAGCGAUUGAUGUCACUUCAUUGCGGCAUGACCUUGACCUACUCCCAGGAGGCGAUCUGACAGAGAUUGGUGAAAGAGGAGUUAAUAUUAGUGGAGGGCAGAAGCAAAGAGUUUCAAUGGCAAGAGCUGUGUAUUCUGAUUCAGAUGUGUACAUAUUUGAUGAUCCACUCAGUGCAUUAGAUGCCCAUGUUGGCCGUCAGGUAUUUGAUAAAUGUAUCAAAGGGGAACUACAGCAUAAAACCCGGGUUCUUGUUACCAAUCAGCUGCAUUUUCUGCCAUAUGUUGAUAAAAUACUGCUAAUUCAUGAUGGUGUAAUUAAAGAGGAGGGUACUUUUGAUGAACUUAGCAACAGUGGGGAGCUCUUCAAGAAGCUCAUGGAAAAUGCUGGAAAAAUGGAGGAACAGGUGGAAGAGGAUGAAAGUAAACCAAAGGAUGUUGCAAAACAAACUGAAAAUGGGGAUGUUAUAAUAGCUGAUGAAGGUUCACAGAAGAGCCAGGAUAGUUCUAGUAAAACAAAACCAGGAAAAUCUGUGCUUAUUAAACAAGAGGAAAGGGAAACUGGGGUUGUCAGUGCGAAGGUCCUUUCACGUUACAAAAAUGCACUGGGAGGGAUGUGGGUGGUGUCCAUACUCUUCUUCUGCUAUGCACUGACUGAAGUUCUUCGCAUUUCAAGUAGCACAUGGUUGAGCGUUUGGACUGAUCAGGGUUCUCUGAAAAUUCAUGGCCCUGGUUACUAUAAUUUGAUCUAUGGGAUUCUUUCAUUUGGGCAGGUUCUAGUCACUCUCUCAAAUUCAUACUGGUUGAUUAUAUCAAGUCUUCGGGCAGCCAAAAGGCUUCAUGAUGCCAUGCUCCGAUCAAUAUUGAGAGCACCCAUGGUAUUUUUUCAUACAAACCCACUUGGACGGAUCAUCAACAGGUUUUCGAAGGAUUUGGGUGACAUUGACCGAAGUGUUGCUGUAUUUGUCAAUAUGUUUAUGGCACAAAUAUCUCAGUUGCUCUCAACUUUCGUUCUCAUCGGUUUUGUCAGCACCAUGUCUCUUUGGGCUAUCAUGCCACUCCUGAUUUUGUUUUAUGCAGCUUACCUCUAUUACCAGGCAACAUCUCGCGAGGUGAAGCGUCUGGAUUCCAUUACCAGGUCUCCUGUGUAUGCUCAGUUUUCAGAGGCUUUGAAUGGUCUGUCCACAAUCCGUGCCUAUAAAGCCUAUGAUAGAAUGGCAAACAUCAACGGGAGAUCAAUGGACAACAACAUUAGGUUCACACUUGUGAACAUGAGUGCAAAUAGGUGGCUAGCUAUUCGUCUGGAAACAUUGGGUGGCAUCAUGAUAUGGUUUACAGCAACUUUUGCUGUCAUGCAAAAUCAACGAGCAGAGAAUCAGAAGGCCUUUGCUUCUACAAUGGGUCUUCUUCUUACUUACACUCUCAAUAUUACCAAUUUACUCACAGCUGUUCUUCGUCUCGCUAGUCUUGCUGAAAAUAGUUUAAAUGCUGUUGAACGGGUCGGAACAUACAUUGAGUUACCUUCAGAAGCUCCUCCUGUCAUUGAGGAUCAUAGGGCACCCCCUGGUUGGCCAUCAUCAGGUGUCAUCAAGUUUGAAGACGUCGUGCUUCGAUAUCGACCAGAACUUCCUCCUGUUCUUCAUGGCAUAUCUUUUGUUAUUAAUGGAAGUGAGAAGGUAGGAAUAGUUGGCAGAACAGGUGCUGGUAAAUCUAGCAUGCUUAAUGCUUUAUUCCGUAUUGUGGAGCUUGAACGAGGGAGAAUAUUAAUUGAUGAUUGUGACACUUCUAAGUUUGGAAUUUGGGACCUGCGCAAAGUUCUAGGAAUAAUACCACAGGCACCAGUUCUAUUCUCAGGUUCUGUUCGGUUUAAUCUGGAUCCCUUUAACGAGCACAAUGAUGUGGAUCUCUGGGAGGCUCUGGAAAGGGCUCAUCUAAAAGAUGUUAUAAGGAGGAAUCCUUUAGGAUUAGAUGCUGAGGUCUCUGAAGCUGGUGAAAAUUUCAGUGUUGGACAACGGCAACUGUUGAGCUUAUCCCGUGCGUUGCUAAGAAGAGCAAAGAUACUCGUUCUUGAUGAGGCAACAGCAGCAGUUGACGUGCGGACUGAUGCUCUUAUUCAGAAAACAAUCCGAGAAGAAUUCAAAAGUUGCACAAUGCUCAUAAUUGCCCACCGUUUGAACACUGUCAUUGACUGUGACAGGUUGCUUAUUCUAAGUGCUGGGCAGGUUCUGGAAUUUGACUCUCCUGAGAAUCUUCUAAGCAAUGAGGAGAGUGCUUUCUCCAAGAUGGUGCAAAGUACAGGACCUAGCAACUCAGAAUACCUCAAGAGUCUUGUAUUUGGAAGUGGAGAAGAGAGGUCCCGGAGGGAAGAAAUCAAGCUGCAAGAUAUCCAAAGGAGAUGGGUUGCAUCUAACCGGUGGGCUGAAGCUGCCCAGUUUGCGCUUGCUAGAAGCCUCACAUCAUCACAUAGUGACCUCCUUUCACUAGAAGCUGCAGAGGGAAAUAAUAUUCUGAGGAGAACAAAGGAUGCUGUAAUCACUCUGCAAAGCGUACUAGAAGGGAAGCACAAUACUGAAAUCGAUGAAUCUCUAACUCAGUAUCAGGUCCCAGCUGAUCGAUGGUGGUCUUCACUUUACAAAGUGAUCGAAGGCCUCGCCACGAUGAGCAGAUUGGGCCGCAAUCGUCUGCAGCAACCUUCGUAUAAUUUUGAGAACAACGGUUCUAUUGACUGGGACCAAAUGUAG